GGCGCCGCGCGCCGCGGCCGGGUAUAUAACGCAGCGCCGGCCGGCCGCCUUACAGUCCCCGUUGUGUUGCAGACGUCGCCGCUCCUGUUUCUCGCUCCACUUGACCUCAACCCUCACGAUGAUCGCCAAGUUCCUCGUACUCGUCGCCUGUUUGGCUUUGGCGCACGCGGGCGUUGCGAAGCGUGAGACGAACGCACUGGACGACAUCCAGAAGCAUGCGACGGAGAUCCAGAAGACGUUCUCGGAGCAGCUGAACGCGCUCGUCAACUCCAAGAACACGCAGGAGGUCAACACCGCGCUCAAAGAGGGCUCCGACACUGUGCUGCAGCAGCUCUCUGUCCUUUCUGCUUCGCUGCAAUCGGCGUUGAGCGAUGCGACUGGUAAGGCCAAGGAGGCGCUCGAGAGCGCGCGCGCCAACGUGCAGAAGAGCGCCGACGAGCUGCGCAAGGCGCACCCCGAGGUGGAGCAGCAGGCCGUCCAGCUCAAGGAGAAGCUACAGGCCGCCGUCUCCAACGCGGUGCAGGAAACCCAGAAGCUGGCUAAAGAGGUGUCGUCCAACGUGGAAGAGACCAACAAGAAGUUGGAGCCCAAGGUGAAGCAGGCCUACGACGACCUGGUGAAGAACGUGCAGGAGGUUCAGAAGAAGCUGCACGAAGCCGCCAACAAGCAGUAGACGCUUCACUUCCACGUCGCUAGUCAGCUCAGUAAAUUAAUAUAAACAAUAAACAUGGCUCGCCACACA